CUCUAAGUCUCGUGUUUGCGCAAUAACGGCGCAGCUUUGAUGCGCACUGGUUUACUGUGAGCAACUUCCGGAUUAACGGCCACACAAACAAAAGCACGAGUUUGUGUACAAAAGGCAAUAAGAAGUGUGAUGGAUUCACCAACACUGCAGCGUGACAGAGAAGUGUGUGAAACCCCACUGCCCCCGAUCUCUGAGCGCUUGGCUUAUCUCAGACCAUCUCGUGAGCUGCUGGAGUUUUACAGACAGAAAGUGGCUCAGUUUGAUGCAGAACACGAUGAUCUGCUGCAGCUGCUUGAGAAAUAUAAGAGCACUACAGAGGACCAGCACAAGCUGCAAUGGGAGGUGCGUCAGAGGGAAGAGGAGAUCGCAGAACUGCAGAAGGCCCUGAGCGACAUGCAGGUUUACCUUUUCCAGGAGCGAGAACAGGCUCUUCGGCUUUAUGCUGAGAACGACCGUCUUAAGAUCAAAGAACUUGAAGACCGGAAGAAGAUUCAGCAUCUUUUAGUGUUGGUGGGUCCAGACGCAGGCGAGAUCACCUAUUUUCACAGAGAGCCUCCACACAAGGUCACUAUUCCACAAAAGAAACUCCAACCCAAAACCCAGGAUUAUGGAAAUGUGGCAAAACCAAGGCCUGGAUCAUCUAAAGAUGGGGGUAAGAAACUGUCCAAAAGUGGAGGAGAUUUCACAAACUCUGAGCAGUACAAGAAAGACAACCAGACGCUCUUACUACAGGUGGAGGCACUGCAGGCUCAGCUGGAAGAGCAGACACGUCUGGCUAAAGAGCAGGUGGAGUCCCUGCUGGAGGACCGACGAAUUCAUGUGGAGGAGGGACAGGUCCAGCGUCAGAGAGACCAGGAGAGAACCACCGCUUUAACCGAGAAACUCCAGCGCACACAGAACUUGCUCUAUGAGAGCACCAGAGACUUCCUGCAGCUGAAGUUUGAAAGUCGAGCCCAUGAGAAGAGCUGGAUGGUGGAGAAGGACAGGCUCCUGAGAGAGUUGGACUUGUGCCAGGAGAGGACGAGGGAGACGCGCGGCUUCCGAGAGCAGCCAGGAGCCUUCACCGCCCCACUACUUCUCAUCCAACCGACUCCAGAGAGCAGCCAGAUGCAUCGGGACGAGAUCAAGGUGCUACAAGAGGAGCUGAAGCAAGCCCAUAAGCUAGCAGACAUGUACAGGGAGCAGUGUGUGGGUCUGGAGACCGAUCUGGCACAAAUACGCGAAGAAGGAGAUGUAGGUCGGGAGAUCUUCAAGGAUCGCUCCGACAAAAUGGCCAAGCGUCUCCAGUUAAUGACUCAACGUUAUGAAGCUCUGGAAAAGAGGCGAUCCAUGGAGGUCGAAGGCUUCAAGACCGACAUCAAACAUCUGCGACAGAAACUUAAAGAUGUCGAGAAACAGCUCUUUAAGGUGACUCUUAACGUGGGGCCUGAUCAGGACUUGGCCAUUCUGCAUGAAGUUCGUCAGACGAACGCCCGCACCAAGACACUCCAGGGGGAAUUAAAAAGCCUAAAAGCAAAGAUAUACGGACUAGAGAACGAACUGAGAUACUGUUGAAUCUUUCCCUUUUUAUGCCUUUUCAGGUCAUUCAAUGUCACAUUUCACAGUAGAAGUGCCAGUAGGAGUAAGUUAUCUGUUGUAUUGAGAAUGUAAUGAUGGACAUCGGCCUGUAGACGGCCAUCCAGAACAGGGGACUUGUGAUUUUAUGAGCAAAUUGUACCAGCAUUGGCAAAAAAUGUAUUGUGGAUUUUUUCAUAUAUUUGUUUUUAUAUUAUAGUAAUUUUUGUCAAAUGGUUUCAUAAAAAUAGAAUAUUUUGCAGGUAUUUUAGCCUCUAUGUGUAUAUAUAUAUAUAUAUAGGCUGAAGAGUAAUUUUAUGUAAUAAAGUAUUAUUUUCAUUUGCA